AUGUCAGAUAAGGAGAUAAUCGUCUUCGGGAGUGUCGUCCAGGAUCUGGUCAGGUGAGUUGUUCGAUCCUUUUUGAAAUUACAUUAUGUGGUUAUAAAUAAAGUGAAUAUUAUUUCAGUUUCGUCGAAAGAUACCCAAAGCCGGGUGAAGCGAUCAGAGGAAAGAAAUUUGAACUUUUUAAUGGAGGAAAGGGGGCCAAUCAAGCUUUUAUUAUUGCCAAACUGGGCGGAAAGGUGGCCAUGGUGGGGAAUGUGAGUGGUUUUAGGUUGGUCAUCUCUUUUAACAGGUGGGCGAUGACAUCUUCGGCGAAGCCAACAUCGAGGGACUGAAGAAAGUUGGAGUUCGGACAGAUCUCUUCACUAAAUCCGAAGGAAUUGCUACAGGAACUGGAGCUGUGACCGUCAAUGAUACCGGAGAGAAUUGUAUUGUGGUUACUUUGGGGGCCAAUAUGGAAAUGAGGAAGGAUCGAGCAUGGGAAAUCGAAGAGCAUAUAAAGAAGGCCUUUAUGAUCAUCGCUCAAAAUGAAAUCCCUCAAGAAGCGAAUGUCGAAGCAUUCAAGGUCGCCAAAAAACACGGAGGUAAAAUAUUAUACUGCUCAAAAACUUGUAUUAAAGAUAGAAGUUGUCCUAAACGUUUUUUUUUCAGUGAAAACUUUCCUGAACCCAGCUCCCGGUCUCUCCGAUCUGGACCGAUCCAUUCUCCCAUUGACUGAUAUUAUCUGUGUCAAUGAAAACGAAGCCGAAUUCAUCACUCAGCUUACCCUGAAGACACUUGAUGAGUUCAAACAAGCUGCCAUUUUCAUUGUCAAAGAAUUGGGGCCUUCCAUCGCCAUUGUCACUUUAGGCCCUCAGGGUGCUUUGAUUGCUGAAAAGAAAGAAGACGGAGAGAUCGAACUAAACAAAGUGGACGCCCCUAAAGUAAAUGCCGUGGAUACAACGGUAAGUGUUGGGUGAUUAAGUGGUACUAUCAAUCAGGGCGCGGGUGAUUGUUUCUGCGGAUCCCUGGCCUAUUUGUUGACCAACAGACCCGAGCUGGGCAUCGUUGAAGCAGCCAAAAAAGCCGUCCACAUCGCCGCUAUCUCAGUCAGCCGACCAGGCCCUCAGGCAUCAUAUCCAUCACUGGAAGAACUCAAAGAUUUAAAUAUUCUCUAA